CCAGAUUUCUUCUUUCUCCCCCCCAUUGUAGACCCUUUUUCGCCUCCAUUUACCUGCAAUCAUGCCUGCCACCGUCGACGGCACGCCCAACGGCGAGACCCUCUCCGCAAAUGACAACAUUCGCCGUUUCCAGGCUCCCAGCAGGCCGCUGAGCCCGCCUGCCCAGCACAUGCUCUUCCACAACAAGACGCGAUGCUUCGUCUACGGCCUGCAACCCAAGGCCGUCCAGGGCAUGCUCGACUUCGACUUCAUCUGCAAGCGCAAGCAGCCCUCGGUCGCGGGUAUCAUCUACACUUUCGGUGGCCAGUUCGUCAGCAAGAUGUACUGGGGCACCAGCGAGACUCUGCUCCCCGUCUACCAGUCGGUGGAGAAGGCCAUGGCCAAGCACAGCGACGUCGACACCGUCGUCAACUUCGCCUCGUCGCGUAGUGUCUACCAGUCCACCAUGGAGCUCAUGGAGUUCCCUCAGAUCAGGUCCAUUGCCAUCAUCGCUGAGGGUGUCCCCGAGCGCCGUGCCCGUGAGAUUCUGCACGUCGCCAAGAAGAAGGGCAUCACGAUCAUCGGCCCUGCCACGGUCGGUGGCAUCAAGCCCGGCGCGUUCAAGAUCGGUAACACCGGUGGUAUGAUGGACAACAUUGUCGCCUCCAAGCUGUACCGCCCCGGCUCGGUUGCCUACGUCUCCAAGUCCGGUGGUAUGUCCAACGAGCUCAACAACAUCAUUGCCCAGAACACCAACGGUGUCUACGAGGGUGUUGCCAUCGGUGGUGACAGGUACCCCGGUACUACUUUCAUUGACCACAUGCUGAGGUACCAGGCCGACCCGGAGUGCAAGAUCCUUGUGCUGCUUGGUGAGGUCGGUGGUGUCGAGGAGUACCGUGUCAUCGAGGCAGUCAAGAGCGGCGAGAUCACCAAGCCCAUUGUUGCCUGGGCCAUCGGUACCGUUGCCGGCAUGCUCACAACUGAGGUUCAGUUCGGUCACGCCGGUUCGUUCGCCAACUCUCAGCUCGAGACGGCCGCGAACAAGAACAAGGCCAUGAAGGAGGCCGGCUUCCACGUCCCGGAGACCUUCGAGGACCUGCCUGCCGUCCUCGCCGAGGUCUACCAGAAGCUUGUCCAGGACGGCACCAUCACCGUCAAGCCCGAGCCCAUGGUUCCUAAGAUCCCCAUGGACUACAACUGGGCGCAGGAGCUUGGCCUCAUCCGUAAGCCCGCUGCUUUCAUCUCCACCAUUUCCGAUGACCGUGGCCAGGAGCUUCUGUACGCCGGUAUGCCCAUUUCCGAUGUCUUCAAGGACAACAUCGGUAUCGGCGGUGUCAUGUCCCUCCUGUGGUUCCGUCGCCGCCUGCCCGACUACGCCAGCAGGUUCUUGGAGAUGGUUCUCAUGCUCACUGCCGACCACGGCCCCGCCGUGUCCGGUGCCAUGAACACCAUCAUCACCACCCGUGCCGGCAAGGACCUGAUCUCCGCGCUCGUGUCCGGUCUGCUCACCAUCGGUUCGCGUUUCGGUGGUGCCCUGGACGGCGCUGCCGAGGAGUUCACCAAGGCCUACGACAAGGGCCUCAGCCCCCGUGACUUUGUUGACACGAUGAGGAAGGAGAACAAGCUCAUCCCCGGUAUUGGCCACAGGGUCAAGUCGAGGAACAACCCCGAUCUGCGUGUCGAGCUCGUCAAGGAGUUCGUCCAGAAGAACUUUGCCAACCACAAGCUCCUCGACUACGCCCUGGCAGUCGAGAGCGUCACCACGUCGAAGAAGGACAACCUGAUCCUGAACGUCGACGGCUGCGUUGCCGUCUGCUUCGUCGACCUGCUCCGCAACUGCGGUGCCUUCACGGCCGAGGAGGCCGAGGACUACCUGAAGAUGGGUGUCCUGAACGGUCUCUUCGUCCUUGGCCGUUCCAUCGGUCUGAUUGCCCACUUCCUCGACCAGAAGCGUCUGAGGACCGGUCUUUACCGCCACCCCUGGGACGACAUUACCUACCUCCUCCCCAACAUGGCCAAGGGCGCGCCGGGCUCCGAGGGUCGCGUCGAGGUGCAGGUUUAAGUACGAAAAAGGAGCAGCAGCAUUGCGGGCAUGGUUCAAUUG